AUGGUUUUUACGGCUCCCAUCUUCUGGCAUGCGGGCCAACAUGUGCCGCCUCACCAGCUUCCCGAUGCGCGCUCAGACGCAAAGGGGCGCACCCUGCUCCGUCGCAUGCGCGGCGGAUACGCCGCCAUGAGCGAAGAGACCAUGCCGGACCUAGAGUAUGAUCUCGAAACCCUCGGGCAAGACCUCCCUCCUGCGCUGCCCGGGUACACUCCACUGCCUGACAGUCCGCCGCGGCCCAUCGGGAAGGAGGAUCCGGAGCCAAGACAGCGGAGGCGGUACCUCUACGUGCUGAAGAGGAGGAUCUCGUCGACCAAGCAGAAGUUCAACAAGAGCAGCGCCAAGAGCAUCGAUAAGGAAUCGGUCAGCUCUGCCGAGUCGGAGCGAGGAGUGGUGUUGUACCAGCAAGACAACCAGUGGGUUAAUUUUGAGGAGGCUGAUGCAAGCACCCCGGAGGUGAGGCCGAAGACUCUGAAAGGGUGGGCGCGGAAGAUCUGGAGAGCUAUGAAGGAGUUCUCCAAGGAACACCCGGCACUGUUCAUUCUUGCGAUCUUCGCUAUUGUUAUUGUGGCAAUGUGUCUGUUGAUCUAA